AUGUUUAAAUAUUUAUUAGGAGAUAGUGAAUCAUAUUCAAAUUUAAUCAAUGCACCAACUAUAAACUUCAAUCAUACGGAAACCCAAAAACAUACGUACGGCACAGUAAUUGAUUAUUCCGAUGAUGAACAGGAAUAUAAAUUCAAAAGGUCAAAUUAUAUAGAUGAUUCAUUAUUCAAAAAAGAAAAUGAUGAAUUUGACAAUGAAUUUAGUUAUGAUAUUCCAGGUCAAUUACCAAAAAGCUCAAUUGAAGAUCCAAUAGUCAAACUAGAUCAAUCAAAGGAAAUAAAUUAUGAGUCAAUAGAUAAAGUUUAUGAAGCAGGUUCAGAUCUACUACUUCAUUCAUUGAAAAAUUUAAAUAUUAAAAUCAAAUCAAAGAAUAAAAUACUUCAACAAAUUUCAAAUAUUAUAAAUUUUUACAAUGAUGACUUUAAUAUUAUAGAAGAAUAUGAAAAAUUGAAAAUAAUAUACCAUGAAGAACUACAAACUAAAAAUAAAUUACUAAGUUCAUAUCAUGAAUUAUUUCAAAAAUAUCUAGAUUUGAAACAGUCAAUUACAACCAAGAAAGGUAACGUUGUAAAGACUGAGUUUUCAAUUAAGGAGAAACUCAAAUUGAUCAAAUCAAAAACUGGUGAUGUUUCAAUAAAGAAUAUAUGUGGGAAUAUUAUACAUGAAUUUGAAAAAUUGCAAGUUAAUCAUAAAGAAGAAAUUCAAAAUUAUAAAGAUGAAAUUGAGAAAUUAAAUGCAAAGAUUAAAUCACUUGAGGCACUUACUACUUCUUAA